UCGUGCCUGCUGCCAGCGAGAGGCUUUAUUAUACAUGCAUGUAUGUUCUUUUAAAGCAACAUGUGCCACUUAAGUGAGACACUUGGAGAUCCGGUUCACCGGGUAUAGUAUCUUUUUAAGGCGGAUUUAAACAGGGCGGCUGGACCGUUUUUUUUGUUUUGUUGUUUUUUGGGUUGGUUUGGUUUCAUUAAUAGGAGCCGCUAUCUGGAAGGAAAUGUCCACCCGACAUGUGAUCAAAUAUUAACGCGGUUGGUUUUGGCAGAGAGGGGAAAUACACGUGACAAGAGCAGCAGCAGCAGCAGCAGUUUUUUUUUCUUUCUUUCUUUUUUUUAAGUGGGCACUCAACAAAAGUAUCCAGAUAUUUCUGUGGCCCCCUCAUACUGUAGUAGUUCCCCGGGCUGUGUGAUGCUUUCAGCACAUUGGACAGAGGCACCGGAGCCGUGCAUGGACUAAACGCGCACACUGUGGACGCCAACUCUCUUCCCCCCUUUGCCAAACCUGGGAUUGUUUUUCCAACUUUUGUUCCACCAGGUUAGAAGAGUGAUGACCAUCCUGUUCCUUACUAUGGUUAUUUCAUACUUCAGUUGCAUGAGAGCUGUGCCCCUGAGAGACGCCCCAGGCAUGCAGGGCCAUCGGACGGAAGGCUACCUGGGCGCCGCCGCGCCGGUCGCAAGAGGCCGGGGGACUCCACAGAGUGGUGGCGGGCCGGGCCAGCGUGGGAUGCCCUCGCUCGCAGACACCUUUGAGCAGGUGAUAGAGGAGCUGCUGGAGGUGGAGGGGGAGGCAGAGGCGGCACAGAUGGGACAGAGGGGAGAUAGGAGCCAGGGAGGCGGGGGUCCGGCUUCAGACGCGGCCACCGAAAGCAAGGAUGUCGACGUGUACGACUCGCGGGUGAUGAUCAGCAACCAAGUGCCUUUGGAGCCGCCGUUGCUCUUUCUUCUGGAGGAAUACAAAAACUAUCUGGAUGCUGCUAAUAUGUCCAUGAGGGUGCGGCGACACUCUGACCCCUCGCGACGUGGAGAGCUCAGCGUUUGUGACAGUAUUAGCCAGUGGGUGACAGCGGUGGAUAAAAAGACGGCGAUAGACAUGUCGGGGCAGACGGUUACCGUCAUGGAAAAGGUUCCCGUCCCCAACGGCCAACUGAAGCAAUACUUUUACGAGACCAAAUGCAACCCCAUGGGGUACACGAAAGACGGCUGCAGAGGAAUAGACAAGCGGCAUUAUAACUCCCAAUGCAGGACAACCCAGUCCUACGUGCGAGCCCUCACCAUGGAUAGCAAAAAGAAGAUCGGCUGGCGGUUUAUAAGGAUAGACACUUCCUGUGUAUGCACAUUGACCAUUAAAAGAGGGAGAUAAUGUAUAAAAUGUAUAGAUUUUAUUGAAGAGUUUAAAAAAGAGAAUACAGAGAAAAUAUCUAUUUGUAUAUAUACAUAACAGGGUAAAUUAUUCCGUCAAAUGAAAAUUUUAUGGACUGCAUGUAAAAAAAAGAUGAAGUUUAUACAGUAAAAGUGAUAUAACAGUCUAUUUAUUGAACAUAUUCAUGACCUUGUAAACGAUUAAAAAAAAUCUGAUCAGUCAUUUGCUCCCACUUUAAAUUACUAUAUCACAUUCCUCAAGACAUUGUGGAUUUGUUUAUGUUGCCAAGAUUUACAAAAUGAGGUGGAAAAAAAACAGGCACGGAAUGAGAGGACAGUUCCAUCUUCAAAAGCUUGCAUGCUGCUUCAAUUGUGAAUUGAGAAAUUCUCCACUUACAAAAAAAUAAUAAUAAGAGGCUGACCAAAAAAAAAAAAAA